CCCGAUCCCCACUCACUCCAACUCCCCUGCCACCGCCAUCCUCCUCCCUAGCCCUUAUUCCCGACGUUUGUCCCAGCGAUAAUCCACCUCUUUUCGCAAGCGAUUUUAGAACUUUGUCCCGAAGAGAGAGAAAAAGGAUAAAACACCCAGAGAAGUGAAGAUCGGAGCGAACCAAAUACGUUUUAUAUUGACCAGAUUGUUGGCCACGGCGGGGUGGAUAAAAGCAGGCUGAAAAAUACCAUAUGAUGUGGAUCUGGUACCUCUUGCUUGGUUCGGGGACGGGCUCAAGCUUGGUUGAGAGCCAGCUCCUUCCGGGGAACAAUUUCACCACAGACUGUAACAACCCAGGGAACUUCAUGUGUGGGGACGGGAAGUGUAUCCCAGGGGCGUGGCAGUGUGACGGAGUGUCCGACUGCUUCGACAAGAGUGACGAGAAAGGCUGCCCCAAGAUAAAGUCCAAGUGUGCUCCGACGUUCUUUGCCUGUGCCAACGGGAUACACUGUAUUAUCGGGCGCUUCCGUUGCAAUGGCUUCAGCGACUGUCCUGACGGGAGCGACGAGAAGAAAUGCACAGGUAACCCGCUGGUGUGCCUGGAGGCCCGCUUCAAGUGUCGUAACGGGCGCUGUGUGGACCGCAGUUUCCUGUGUAACGGACAGGACAACUGUCAGGACAACAGCGACGAGGAACACUGCCUCACCACCGCAGAAGCUCCAGGCCAGGACUUUGUAACCCUGGACUACCGCAACUACCCUAGCAUCACCUACGCAGUCAUCGGCAGCGCUGUCAUCUUUGUCCUGGUGGUGGCGCUGUUGGCCUUGGUUCUGCACCACCAGAGGAAGCGCAGCGUGCUGCUGCCCCGGGAGGUCCGGUCCUCCUACCACCACCACCACCAUCAGCCCCUGCUGCUAUCCCGCGUGGUCAUCCUAGACCGGGGACACAUCCACCCAGCUGGCCCUGGCCUCUCCCCCACCUCCCCGUCUGCAGAAGCCCAGUUCAGUGCAGGUUCACAAGGGCUACAGAUGCUGUCUAGGACCCUCUACCCUGCUGACAUGUCCAUGGACACACCACCCUCCUACUCCCAGGCCGUGCUGGAUGUCAGCCGGCCUCCCUGGUUUGACCUUCCCCCGCCUCCCUACCUCCCAGACGGGGAUCUGCCGUCAGAAGGAGAGCUGCCCCAGUACGAAGCCCACACAGAGCCCUCCACUCAGCCCAGCACACGUCUCUCUGAGCCCUCCACACCCAGAACUGUGGCCCCAGGCUUGUCCUGGCCUAGCUUCAGCUCCAGAGAAGAGUCGGACUAGCUGUAGUCCUCCUCUGAUGACUGCAUGUACAUAGGACCACAAUACCCAGCCUCAGGGCUAUGGAAGGCUGAAGAGAGAGGAGCUGUUCAAUUUGGGAAGACCCAAUGGAUUGUCCUGCCUAAUGUGAGAAUGAGAGACAAGGCUCUAGUCUACCGAUAACUACAACUGACUGACUAAGGCACUUGGAAUGAUUGCUAUUAUAUGCUGGCACCCUCUGCUGGAAAUUUCUCUACAUAUCCCCUGACUGGGUUGCUCACUUAUUCAAUCAAUCAAUCAUCAGUCAAUUGCAUUUCAUCUGUGGCUAUAUAGUGCUUUUAAUAAUACUAAAAUCUUUAAAGGGAUACUUUGGGGUUUUGGCCAUGAAGAGAAGAGGGGUUGCACAUAGUUCUACUAGAGGAACAGGGGGAUGCGAUGGAUGGAGGUUAUGGCCCUUUGUGGACCUCUCCCAUAUCACCCCCUCCAGUGUAGCCCAGGGAUUUUUCUUUCUCCCCUUCACACAUUCUCACAUUCACACACACCUACAUACUGAAUGAAUUUCUCAGUGUGCUUAACAACUUCAAGGGUCUAAACUUCCGAAGACAAAAUAAAAACUACCACAGCCUCCCAACACUAUGCAUCUCCUGUUGGACUGGUGAAGACCCUGGUUGGUGCGAGAUCCUGUAGCUUGGUUGUGUUGACUGGAUGGAUGGUCAACCUUUAUAGUACAGUCAUGCAUUAACAAUGUAGUAGGACUCACAGUAACUAACAUUGUUUGUGGUACUCAUAAAGGGUCAAAUGUCACAUGGUGUUACAGUAGCAGAUGUAUAUGCUGUGCAAACAUAGUGAAAGAGAUACAGGGUCAGAUCUGUAAUGUUACAAUUUAGCACAUUAGGACAACCAGCUAGCCACAGAAACAUGUGGGUAGUGGACACAUGGAUAUGGGGCACGUUUUCCUCCCAUCCAUAUUGCAUAAUGCUGGUUCUCUUCAAUCUCUGUUCUCAUUGGCCAUCUCUUUCAUUUCAUAGGGAUAACUUUUAUUUCUCUGUCAUAGAGCACUUAUCAUGAUGGCUGGGUUUACAAGUUAUUCAUGUUUUGCCAUGAACUCAAAUGGAAGUAUUAUUUGAGGAAGAUAACGUUUGGAUAAAAAAAAAUCCUACUAAGGUCCCAGAGCAAGUUAGUUUUCAGGGUAUCUGGACCUUUUCAAAGCACUCAAAUAUAAGUUGAACGACUUUGUCUACUGUCCCACUCAGGGUCUAGUUUGACAAAAGUUUAUUGAGGUCAUGUUCUAUUGCCAAUGAGGACAGUCCAUAUUGGUUUGUUUUGAUAUUAUAUCUGUUCAUAUCUGACUCUUUGGCAGAGAGGAGAAGAAUGUUCAGAUUGAACUUCUCGUCUGACUAGUGUUUUCAUGUUUAUUAAUGUUACACUUCAGCCUGAGAGCACAAGACAAACAUUUUGGCGGGGAAGAGAAAAUGACAUUUAAGGAUUCAUUUUCAUUAGUGCAUAAAGAGGAAGUGUAGAAAUACAUCACUAGUAGCUUAGUCAGGAAAACAAAUGACGAGAACAUCCCCACAGCUAGAAUAUCUAACCAUAGAGAAUACAAGACCCUUCCACUUGGUACCUUGGAACACAAAUGUGUAUAUUGAAAUAAGCAUUUGGGAUCCUCCUCAAGUUAAAAACAUCAUUCAAGUCAGUGCACUAAUUACAGAAGCUGUUCAAUUGGCUCUUAUGUAGUCACUGAACAAAAAGAUCAGCCUUGAUCUCCUUGGUUCUAUAAUGAUGUGUUACUGACUGUACCAUGUACCACCUACCUCCAUGUUUUUCCUGACAAACUGAAAUUGUUGAUAGUCACAAAUGGUUGGUCAGAGUAUUGGUGUAUUUCAAUCAAUGCGAUAUGUCAAUCAGAAACGUUUUUUUUGCUCCACGAAUUACAUUUAGAUACAUUCAUUAUAUACAGUUUUGACUCCAUACAUAUUAACAUGUUAACCCUUUGUAGUGCUUAUUUAAACAGAAUUGUAUGAGAUCAAUGUCCUUACUGGGUUGUUGAGGUAAAUCAAAUUGAAUCACAUUUUAUUUGUCACAUGCGCCUUACCAUGAAAUGUUUACUUACAAGCCCUUAACCAACAAUGCAGUUUUAAGAAAAAUAAGAGUUAAGGAAAUAUUUACUAAAAUAAACAUGUGUAAAUAAAGUUAGACAAGCAUUUUUGUAUGGAGCUCUAGAAGUGACUACCUACAGUGCCUUGGUUCAAAUGUCUCUCUUACUGUAUUUCUUUGAUUCAUACUCGACGACUUACUGAUAGGAUUCCAACUGACUCAUAGGAUCCCAACUGACUCAUAGGAUCCCAACUGACUCAUAGGAUUCCAACUGACUCAUAGGAUUCCAACUGACUCAUAGGAUCCCAACUGACUCAUAGGAUUCCAACUGACUCAUAGGAUUCCAACUGACUCAUAGGAUCCCAACUGACUCAUAGGAUCCCAACUGACUCAUAGGAUCCCAACUGACUCAUAGGAUUCCAACUGACUCAUAGGAUCUCAACUGACUCAUAGGAUCCCAACUGACUCAUAGGAUUCCAACUGACUCAUAGGAUUCCAACUGACUCAUAGGAUCCCAACUGACUCAUAGGAUCCCAACUGACUCAUAGGAUCCCAACUGACUCAUAGGAUCCCAACUGACUCAUAGGAUCCCAACUGACUCAUAGGAUUCCAACUGACUCAUAGGAUUCCAACUGACUCAUAGGAUUCCAACUGACUCAUAGGAUCCCAACUGACUCAUAGGAUCCCAACUGACUCAUAGGAUCCCAAUUGACUCAUAGGAUCCCAACUGACUCAUAGGAUCCCAACUGACUCAUAGGAUCCCAACUGACUCAUAGGAUCCCAACUGACUCAUAGGAUCCCAACUGACUCAUAGGAACCCAACUGACUCAUAGGAUUCCAACUGACUCAUAGGAUUCCAACUGACUCAUAGGAUUCCAACUGACUCAUAGGAUCCCAACUGACUCAUAGGAUCCCAACUGACUCAUAGGAUCCCAACUGACUCAUAGGAUCCCAACUGACUCAUAGGAUCCCAACUGCUCUAACUGCCAUUUCUAUUAUGCAGAUUCUUUUCUGAAUUUGCACCAUAGCUAUCUGACCGAUUCAAUUGACACCCAAUAAUGUUUGUUUGGAUAAAGAAGAAAAUGACUUUUAUUUUUAUAAGUGUCCCAAUUCAUUGUUUAGAAAUGUGUAAGUUGCAUGACAGAUGUCUCGACUGUACAGAUGUGAGAGAGAAGACUGUCAUUGUCUCUCUGCCUCUGUCUGUCCACCCGCCUGCCCAGUAACUAGUAUUAUUCAUUGACUGACUAGUGAAACGUCUAUCUGAAGGAUCUGUGCAUAUGUAUUGUGGUUGUCGUGUCAUUUCAUUUCAGAACUUGUCAAGGGUUUCAUGUGACCAUGUAUGUAGAGAGAGAGAGAGAGAGAUAUUUAUUUAAAAGCAGCAUAUUUAGACUUUAAACUAAUAUAAUAAUAUUUAACUAUGAAACGUGUUACUUUGGAUGGUACCUCUGUCUUUUGUCCAAAUCCCCAGCAGUCAUCAGGCUGGUGGCAUUAUUAAACAACAUGGUAACCAAAGAUUAUAACUCAUCAUCCCCAUAAAACCCAGAAGAUAAGCCUUACUCUCCAAAGUCCUAUCCAAAAACAGUGUUGUGCCUCGUUUUGUUUCAGAUACCUAGCUGACUAGAGAAUGAAGAGUAGUAUUACUCUUAUACAAAGGGGGAAAUCCUGUUCAUCACUAGAUAACUGGAGAAUGAUACUCAGUCUCAGGAUGAAUCUGCUCACAGCUGGGUUUUAUUCACUAGGAAGCAUCAGAAGAAAACAGGCUGAAAUGGGGAUGACUACCUGAAAUUGUCCAAUAAAAAGUGUUUUUCUUUUCCGUUGCAAAACGUUUUGCACUAAUGAAUAAAGUCCUGGUCUGUUGCGUUUCAGUUACAACACACUGUUACACUUUUCACGUCACUAUAUCCGUUUGGUUUGUGACAGUGAUUACUGAUUUGUUGUUCCACCCUGUUGGAUACUUGUUUCGUGUAUAUAAUUUAUUAAUGUCACCACCUUUUUUGUUUGUAAUGAAAUAUAUUCUGUACAUUGAAAGUAAUGUAAAGUGUUUCUGAUUCAAAGAUGUGUCAAGGGUUUUUCUCAUAAAAUUCACUAUUUUUUUCCCAUCAUAAUCUAUGUAAAUUGUAAAUAUUGUUUUAUUUCACAUGGUUGUGCCUGGGAUUCAGUUCACUUAUCCUACCACCAGAUGUCCCUCUUUCCAUACAAUUGGCCUGGGUUAGAGAUGACCAACUUGUCUGAAGUCUACUGUUGUGUGGGCUGGUUUGUGCUCACGCUCCCUAUAGGCUCUCAUUAAACUGGAGACAAACAUGA